CUAUACAUUUUAUAAUUUUACUAUGUCUAUGUAAAACAGUUAUUAAAUAUUACUUUAAAUUUUCAUUGAACAAUUAAUAUUUAAAAACAUUUUUGAAACUCAUAGUUUUCUAAAAAUGUAUUUCUUACAACAAUUUUUUUUUAUGUAGUUAUACUAAAUCAUGGCUAAUCAUUUUAAGAAAAUGAAACUUAUAGAAGAAGAAAUGUACAAAUUUGAACAAGAUAUUGGUAUGAACAAUGAUGAUUAUAAAACUAAAAAUUGUUUUAAAAAAAUUAAAAUUCAUCGUCAUCAUUUUCAAAAAUCUCCCUUGGAUAUUGCAUUGUAUAAGGAAAUUAAUUCAUUAUUACAAAAUCAAUGCGUGUCAACUUCAAUUUCUAAAACAAAAAAUAAGUCUUUGAUAGGUAAAAGUGAAUUAAAUAGCAAAGCACACAUAGCUAUUGCAGCUGCUGGGUGUGCCUCGUCGUCUUCCAAAAUACACAGUACGAAACAAAAAAAAUUUUAUCGUAAAGCCGCUGGAAAAAUUUGGUACGAUCCAACUUUGGAACAAUGGCCAAAUGAUGAUUUUCGUUUAUUCGUGGGGAAUUUGGGAAGAGAAGUUAAUGAUAAUAUGUUGAGUAUACCAUUUAUGAAGUAUCCUUCAUUCAUCAAAGCUCAUGUAGUAAAAAAUCGUGAGACUAGUAUGUCGCGUGGUUGCUACGGAUUCGUAUCGUUUGGAAAUUCUGUGGAUUAUUUACGAGCUAUCAAAGAAUUACAUGGAAAAUAUGUCGGAAGUCGCCCAAUGAAAAUCGAAAAAAGUAAUUGGAAAAAAAGAAAUACUGAUGUUGAAUAAUAUUUAGCUACUCAAUUAUUAAUUUUUUUCGUAUAGCACAGUAUAUAUACUUGCUAUACUUAAACGUUACACGGUUACGUCUAAUUAAAAAUAUUAUACCUAUAAAAAAGUUAAACCCUUUCUAAAAAUACACAAACAAUACCUUUCUUUUUAA